UGCCCCGCCCCCGGCAUGGCCCUGGUGCCCCCCAAGAAAAGACGGGGCCCAGGCCGGGGGGAGGAGGCCGGGGCCGGGGCUGGGGGAGCUGCAGCCCCCUCCCCAGCCCCGCUCCGCUUCCCGGGGGUCACCAUCUACCUGGUCGAGCGGCACAUGGGCCGGAGCCGCCGGGCUUUCCUCACGGGGCUGGCCCGGGCCAAGGGCUUCCGCGUGGACCAGGCUUACAGCCCAGAAGUGACCCAUGUGGUGAUGGAGGGAAACUCGGCAGCAGAAGCAUCUGGCUGGCUGGAUGGUGUUUUAGGGGACUCCGGGAGCCUUCAGAGGCCUCUGAUGUUGAAUAUCAGCUGGUUCACCGAGAGCAUGGGUCAGGGGAAACCUGUGCCGGUGGAAGGCAGACACUGCCUGCAGGUCCCCUUACCCACGAGGAGCCAGGUGGAUCUCAGCUCUUUGCCAGCCUACGCAUGUCAGCGACACACACCCCUCAACCACCAUAAUCUGUGCUUUACGGAGGCCCUGGAGACCCUGGCAGAGGCUGCAGGUUUUGAGGGCAGCCAGGGCCGGCACCUCUCCUUCCGCCGGGCUGCUUCUGUGCUCAGGGCCCUGCCUGGCCCCAUCACCAACAUGAGCCAGCUGCGAGGGCUUCCUUAUUUUGGAGAUCAUUCUUCCAGGAUUGUGCAGGAACUGUUGGAACAUGGAAUUUCUAGUGAAGUUGAAAGAGUCAAACAAUCAGAGAGAUACCAGACAAUGAAGCUCUUCACCCAGAUCUUUGGAGUGGGGGUAAAGACCGCUGACAAAUGGUACCGGGACGGGUUCCGGACCCUGGAAGAUCUCCACGAACAGACCGGAAAACUGAACCGACAGCAGGAAGCAGGGAUCCGUCAUUUUGAGGACCUUAGCAGUCCAGUCUGGCGCCAUGAGGCAGACGCCAUCCAACGGGUCGUGGAAGAGGCCGUAUGGCAAGUGCUUCCUGGAGCUACCGUGACCCUGACUGGUGGCUUUCGCAGGGGAAAGCUCCAAGGUCAUGAUGUCGACUUCCUUAUCACCCACCCUGUGGAAGGGCAGGAAGCAGGACUGAUACCCGAGGUGAUGGGCCUCCUGGAGAGCCAGGGUCUUGUUUUGUACCAACACACCCAAAGCAACAGUUACCAAGACUUCAAAGACCUUGAGCACAAGGUGUCCCAGAGCACUGCCAUAGAUGCCUAUGAGAGAUGCUUCUCCAUUCUCUGGCUCCCAAAGUCACCUACAUCCUUCCACUCAGAGGCUGAAGAGGGUCCCACAGAGCCCUCCAGGGAUGGGAAAGCAGUGAGAGUGGACCUUGUGGUAGCUCCUAUCAGUCAGUUUGCCUUCGCCCUACUUGGCUGGACUGGCUCCCAGCAUUUUGAGAGGGAGCUUCGAAGGUACAGCCGAUCAGAGAAGCAGAUGCUGCUGAACAGCCAUGGGCUAUACAGCAUAGAAAAGAAGGAGUCCUUACCAGCGGCUUCAGAGGAAGACAUCUUCACACACCUGGGCCUGGAGUACAUCACACCAGAACAGAGGAAUGCCUGAUUGCCCUAGUCUCUUGUCCACACGUGCCUUCAUAUGUGGGUAGCAAGAGAAGCACACAGCCUGGGAACUGCAGGGAUUGGGUGGGGCAGGAGGGGCCUACCUUGCCCCACAUUGGUCUGGUGACUGUUCCACUCUGCUCCCCUCCCCAGAGGCCCAUGGCAGAAGCCCCAACUUCCUGGUGUCCAACCCCUUCCCAUUCUGAUUCUUGGGAAGGUAAAGGUAUUUUAAGAUUAGUCUGGAACAUCUGAAAAUCCCUGGGUCUUUUAAAAUCACUCUUCCUGUGUGUCAGAGAAUGAGUUCCCAGCCCCACAUUCUUUCCCAGCUGGGGCUUUGGGGAGAAUGGAAUGCCAGAGUCAGUAGAGUCCUGGAAUGCCUGGACCAAAGUGCCCUUUAGAAAUGUAGGGCCCAUAGUUCUUGGCCUUUUUUCAUCCCCACGGGUAGGAUGUUAGUGGUUUCUAUGUAAAUGCAAAAAAAAAAUUAUAAUUAAAGGGAUGUCUAUUUUUGCAA